AUUUACCUUCACCUCGACCGAUUCGAUCAAGCGCUACUGGUUUGGGGGGUGACAAGAAAUUUUUAUUCUCAGUCCCUCUGACUGACUGUAUCCCCAACCCCUGCAACAAUGAGCGCCCGAAUCUCUCGAUCAUGGCUCGCCCUCGCAAGUCGCAAUUCGCCCGUCCCAUUCCUGUACCAAACUCGCACUCUCAACGGUGCAUCUCUCUCCUCAUUGCGACACACCCAGCACUACUCGACCUCCAAUGACGCCGCCAAUGAGACAGAAGAACCCCAAGAUGACAAGCCCCGAGAAGUACGGAAGAGCUAUAUUCGCAAGAGAGCCGCCGCCAUCACCCCUCAGCAGACUACCACUAGAUCUACCGCUUCCCAGAAACCCCUCACCAUGACCAGCAACGAGAAGCAGAUCUUCGGCAAUCUGCUCGAACAACUUGGCACCGAGCGCCGCGGUCAAACACAGCCUGACUCCUCUACUCCAGGCGCGAAACCCGCCCUCCGCGAUGAAGAAAUGGACGAAAUGUCGCAAAUCUCCGCCAUCUUUGACUCCGUGCUCCAGGACAUGAAAGAGAAGCGCCAGCGUGCGGAGGCGCGCUCCGCCGAGCGUCAGGUUGAAGCUGCAGCCAUGCAGGCGAGUACCGAGAUCGAAGAGAAGCUUCAAACGGGCGAGUACACGGACGACGAGAUGGCGGAGAUGGUAUCGUCAAAGGAGAUCACGAUAGAUCGGGCCAUCGAGGCAGUCAUCACGCGGGAAUCAGUGAAGAUCGAGGCGGCGCUGUGGGAGGCCAUCGACGAGGGCAAGGGAGAUACGGGGAUCUGGGAGGUGUGCAAGAACCGGAUCUUCAAUAUCCUGAGACAUUUGGAUGAUGAGAAGAAGGGACUGCUGGGCAUGAAGGGCGAGGUCGCUGGCGACGAGCCUACCAAGGCUCUUCUUGCCGUUCCUCCUUGCGUGCCUUUGGAGCCUGUUGUGACGGAGUUGUAUCCCAAGAUGCUGCUCGUUGCGUUUAAGAUGUUGAAUCUGCACCAUCCGGAUUCGCAGCUUAUUAGCCAGUUCCGCGCCACGAUCAAGUCCAUGGGUCGUGCCUCGGCAGUCCUCGGUGGCUCGACGGGCCUGUAUAAUGAGUUCAUAUACUUUUACUGGCGAGGCUGUCAUGAUCUGCCGGGUGUGGUGUCCCUGCUCCGCGAUAUGGAGGUCACGGGCGUGGAACCCAAUCGCCGCACAUGCAGUCUUCUCGGAUCGAUUAAGAACCAGCGCGACCACGAUCUCCGGAGUCAUUGGCGGAAGGCCCGGGUCGAGGGCCAGCGGUCGACCCGUGAGCCUUGGUGGGAUCUGGCGCCUAACCGGAAAGCCGUGCGGGAGUUGUUCGGACCAGAAGGCUGGAUGGAGAAGUUGGAGCAGCGCGUGCGGGAGAUUGCCAAAGCCCAAGCCUACUAAUCCUGACAGCACGGUCUCGUUGUAUUUGUACAUAUCUAUACAGUAACAUCACUGCGAGAAGGAAAAAAGCAAGCAAGCAAAUGAUAUAAUAAUAGUACA